AUGGCCCUGCCCCUUCGCUGUGCUCGCUCCCGCGCAGCGAUGCCGGCCCAGCUGCGCACAAUCCGCGUUUCGCCCUUCUCGACCUCGACAAGCCGCCCAGCAGGCCGAAUCAACCACGAUGUCAGGAUCACCAGGACCGGAAAGCCCAUAUUGACCGUGUCCGCCGGACGAUCCUCGCUCGGAGGCUACACAGCAACCGUAUUCGGAGCGACGGGCUUCCUCGGCAGAUACGUUGUCAACCGACUUGCUCGAUCAGGAUGCACAGUGAUUGUGCCCUUCCGCGAGGAGAUGGCGAAGCGCCACCUGAAGGUUGCUGGUGACCUUGGCCGCGUUAUCUUCAUGGAAAUGGACCUGCGCAAUACCGCGUCGAUUGAGGAGAGCGUUCGACACUCUGACAUUGUCUACAACCUCAUUGGUCGCGACUACCCCACCAAGAACUUCGACUUGGCCGACGUCCAUGUCGAGGGAACUGAGCGCAUUGCCGAGGCCGUUGCAAAGUACGACAUUGACCGCUAUGUCCACGUUUCCUCGCACAGCGCCCAGCUCGACUCUCCCUCGGAGUUCUACCGCACCAAGGCCCAGGGUGAGCAGGUAGCGCGCUCCAUCUACCCGGAGACCACCAUCGUUCGCCCGGCGCCCAUGUUCGGGUACGAGGACCGUCUCCUCCACCGUCUGGCUUCUCCCUCCAACGUCAUUACCUCCAACUGGCUGCAGGAGCGCUUCUCCCCCGUCCACGCUAUCGACGUUGGUAUGGCGCUCGAGGCCAUGCUGCACGACGACACAACAGCUGCCGAGACGUUUGAGCUUUACGGACCUACAGAGUACACCAUGGCUGAGCUGAACGACAUCGUCGAGCGGGAAGCUAUGAAGAAGCGCCGCCACAUCAACAUUCCUAAGCGCGUUAUGAAGCCUGUCGCACGCUACGCCAACAAGCUCCUCUGGUGGCCCAUUCACUCCGAGGACGAGGUCGAGCGUGAGUUCAUUGACCAGUACAUCGACCCCCAGGCCAAAACAUUCAAGGACCUCGACAUCGAGCCCGUGGAGUUGAGCAGUCUCACAUUCGAGUACCUCAAGGGCUACAGGAGCUCGUCGUACUACGAUUUGCCACCCAUGUCGGAGCGUGAGAAGCGUGAGGAGAAGAAGUACCUGCACGUCAUCGAUGACCAGUAG